AUGGUGGAGACAGCGCAAGACUAUGAGCUGUGGUACAGUCCCGACUGGUGUGAUUGGAGAUGGCGCAUACAUGGCUGUACGGACAGCAAUAUAUGGCAGGGUUUCUAUUUAGCACACUCGGUGUUCACCGCUCUCCUAUUCGUCUUGGGUGCCUGGCUCUGCUACAAAAAAGUGUAUCAAGCCUUAUGGAAGCAAAAGUUGAGUUUACUGAAUGUUGUCGAUGGAGGAUUGAAACCGCGACCAGUAGAGGCCCUUAUAUUCGGAACAACCAUCCACAUUCUGGGUCGCUUUAUUCACACAACCAAGAUUCUCGUUGGAGAAUAUCCUACUCAUGCCUUGGGCGAAUUUUCACAUGAAUGGCCAUGGGAGUUCCUUUUGUGGGGAGGAAAUUUAUUCGUCAUUGGCAUUAUCUACUCAGUUCCAAAAACGUACCUCAACAACCGAGGAAGCGUCAGUAACACCUUCACCAUUUCCAAAGUUCGUCUCCCAAGUCCACAGGCGAUCAAUGUAAUAUACACCGUGCUGGCUCUGGUUCCAGGCAUACUUUUGCCGUUGUUCGCCAUUUUGGACGGUCACAUGCGAGACGCAGGACAGUAUGCCAACGCCGUCAUCUUUAACCGGCUGCACUAUUAUCAAUGGCUGUUCUGCUGUGUCUUACCGCUUGUGAUAUUGGUCUAUUUUGGAACAAAGAUGGUGUCAAUUUUAAAUGCAAACAUGGAGGAUGUGCAGGAUGCUGGACAGAAUGCUCAUUUGAAAGCAUCGAUUCGAAGGGUAGUUAUCAAUAUUAUGGCCAUCGCCAUCCUGACGGCGUGCUUUGCGGUUGUUGUCGGUUCCUACGCGACAUGGCGAGUUCAGAUUCAUACUACUCGGUGGUUAUCCGUUACCUUUGCUUUCCUAUGGAUCUUCACCAGCCCUCUCCUUCUGGCUCCCAUUUACGUCGUAUCCGCAUUCAAUGUGAUAAUGUCAGAAAGGAUUGCAACACACCCGUCAGCCGCGUCAUUAUGGCCAAAGGCGAAGCCAAUGAAAGGAGUAAGUACCACAAUGGACAUUACAGCCACAGCAGCGAGACCACUGGAGAGUACCUUGUCAAGGCCAUUUAUCCAGUCAAGGGUUCCUGGGACUGAAGGGCCAACGAUGGGGUCGUUCCAGAAUGAUUGUGAAUAGCAUCAUAGGAAAGCAAAAAAGAACUUGCAUCCUUUAGUGGGCCAAUUUAUUGGACGAUGGACCUUAUGUAUUUCUUGGAUAAUUUCAUAUCCGAUUUUCUUGACUAGAUAUCUGUAUUAGAACGUAUCUUAUUUCAAACUGGAAUCGCAAUCCUAUAGUUAAC